AUGUCCCUCCUCCGCCUUCUCUUAUCUCGUGCCCUCGUCGUGCUCGUUCCACUCGCAAUAACGUCCAGUCUCUACCUCUACCUCUAUCCGAUCUUCCAGGGUUGUGCAUUUCCCCUUCCAGUCGACAAGAAUGAGCGCCCACCUGAUUCGUUCAGUCCCGCGCAUAGUCCGCUGUUCCACACCUUUUCACACCACAUCGGACAGCAGCCCGCGAGCGUGCCAGCCGUCUUCAGGCUGCUAGUUCUCGCAGACCCCCAACUAGAAGGUGAUAGCUCUCUCCCUAGUCCGGACGAAGAGCUCCCCGCCCGGAUCAAGCAGCACUGGACUGCAAUCAGGUCAUCUGUAACGGAGUCCGGGUCCCCCUUCGACCUCGACGUCCUUGGCAACGUAACUGCCGCGCUGCGCACACUCGCACGCGAAGACGUUCCACGCUCAAUUCUGGCCGCGAGAAAACGACUUGAUUUACUCGGGAACGAUUUCUACCUCGCGCAUAUAUACCGUACGCUGCAUUGGUGGACACGCCCUACGCAUGUCACGGUGCUGGGGGAUCUGAUUGGAAGCCAGUGGGUUACCGAUGAGGAGUUUGAGCGAAGGGCAGACAGGUACUGGAAUCGCGUGUUCAAAGGGGGUGAGCGGGUCAGCGAUGAGAUCACCGUUACUGGAUCGGCGGGGUAUGGAGCGGGCUCAGGAGACGUGUCCGAGUUGGAGCAGCUGAAUGCGACGGACUCGGCUUGGAGUCAGAGGGUCAUCAACAUUGCUGGGAACCAUGAUAUUGGCUAUGCGGGAGACGCUAGCGAGGCGCGAAUUGAGCGAUUCGAGCGCAUGUUUGGGCGCGCCAACUGGGAUGUUCGCUUUCGGUAUACGCGCGAGAACCAAACUGGCGAUGCAGACGCUGCUGUCAAGCCUACACUGCACCUGAUCAACCUCAACACGCUGACCCUGGACGGGCCAGCGCUAUCCGAACAAGUCCAGUCGAACAGCUACGCCUUCAUCAACGAUCUGAUCACCCAUCGCACGUACCCUGUCGAAGAUCGGACAACCUUCACGCUUCUCCUAACCCACUUGCCCCUACAUAAGAAGGAGGGCAUCUGCACCGACGGACCAUUCUUUACCUACCACGAGUCCGACGACGAAGACGGGCCAGAUGGUGUCCCCCGCUUCAAAGCGGGAGGACUACGGGAGCAGAACCAUCUGAGCGAGCAGCUCAGCGCCACCGGCGUCCUCCAAGGGAUAUAUGGCAUGAGCGGCGACAAAGAUGUUCCGGGAGGAGGCUGGGGCCGCAAUGGGCUAAUCCUCAACGGCCACGACCACACCGGAUGUGACGUCGUCCACUUCGUGAACCGGUCGAUCACUACAGACACGGGGGAGGAUACAACCCAGCAAACGUGGAAGUGGGACGCAAGACGGUAUAGUGCAGUCCCGGAGGAUAGAUCAGAUACGCCCUCCAUUCGCGAAGUCACUCUCCGAGCCAUGAUGGGCGACUACGGCGGCAAUGCAGGCCUUCUCUCCGUCUGGUUCGACGCCAACCCGGCCGUGAACGAAUGGAAGUAUGAGAUCACUAUGUGCAAGGCCGGAGUCCAGCAUAUCUGGUGGGCCAUCCAUGUGAUCGACAUUGUGACCAUCUUGCUUCUUUUGGUAUAUACUCUUUUGCCUAGAACUGUUGGACUGAAACGACAAAGAACAAAGUCUGUACCCACAAAAGGUCCGCGCGUCAAAUCAUAG